AUGGUGUGCGCACUGAGCCUCCUGGCGCCCCUGCUGGGCCUGGGGCUGGGGCUGGCCCUGAGCCUGGCGGGGACCGCGGCUGUGGACUGUGUGCCCAUCGGCGCGGCCGAGCGCCUGACAUUCGCCCCGGCAGCCAGGGCCCGGUGGCUGGUCCCUCGCGUCCGCGCGCCGGGGCCCCUGGACCCCCUGUAUGGCACCGUGCGCCGCUUCCUCUCCGUGGUGCAGCUCAACCCCUUCUCUUCAGAGUUGGUCAAGGCCCUGCUGAAUGAGCCAUCCUCGGUGAAGGUGGAGGAGCCUCUGAUGCCCCACUGCCCUGCCCGGGUGGUGCGGCACAGGGCAGGUUAUGUGGUUUGCACUGUGAUCGCGGGCCUCUACCUCCUGGCAGCGCCCACCACCGGGCUCUGCUUCUGUUGCUGCUGCCGCCACCAGCGCUGUGGGGGCCACGUGAAGAUGGAGCACAAGGCCAUGUCCUGUGAGUGUGGGAACGUCAUGGCCUUCCUUCUGCUGACCACCCUCGUGCUGCUGGUUGGCGUCAUCUGUUCCUUUGUCACCAACCAGCAUGUGCAUGAGCAAACAGGCCCCAGCAUGGAGGCUGUGCCUGAAACCCUACUCAGCCUCCAGGGCCUGGUCUCCAGUAUCCCCCAGGAGCUGCAGGCCGUGGCACAGCAGUUCUCCCUUCCCCAGGAGCAAGUCUUGCAGGAGCUGGAUGGUGUCAGUGGAACCAUUGGGACCAUGGUUCACACCCAGCUCAGGAACACGGUGUACCUGGUACUGGCCUCUGCGCGGAGCGUGUGUCAGGCCCUACGGGACUCCACGGACCAUCUGUGAGCCCUGAAUGCCACCUCGGUGGUUCUGAGGGAGGGGCAGCAGGACCUGGAGCCGGCCAUCCAGGGGCAGCGGGAACACCUCCUUACCCUGCUGCAGGAGCCCGGGUGCCAGGGGAACCGUGCAGGGGCGCUGAGCCGGGCCCGCGUCCUGGAGCUGGGUGCUGACUUCAGCCAAGUGCCCCCUGUGGACGAUGUCAUGCAUCGGCUGAAGCGUGUCCCUGAGGCCAACUUCUCCAGCAUGGUUCAGGAUACACUAGCUGCAUUAGUCCCUAACAAGGGAGUCAGCCUGUCCUUUGAAGCUUUGAAGCCAGGCAUUGACUCCUCUUCUGUAGCUAUAGAAGCCCUCAAUGGCAUGUUUGUGCAAUACAAAGCUGUUUUUAUCUACAUCGAAAAUCAGGUGUUUACUGGAGCCACCUUCUUCAAGGAUCUUAGUGAGAUAUUCUGCAUGACUGGCUGCAGCUUCCAGGUCUUAGCUGGGUCUGCUGUGUUGACAUGUAACAAGCUCACAGUGAUCUCGAUGAUGCUGCUGACUUCAGGACAGAUUUUGAGUAGCAGUGUUUUCUAUGUUAAAGAAAAGUAA